AUGGAAAGAUCAACUCAUCAUCGAAGCAAUAUAUGUAGAAAAUUGUAUGAUUAUAUCAAAAAUAUAAAUCUAUUUGAUGAAGAUGAAGAUCUCAAUCUAAUCGAUCAAUUACUCGCAACUAAAGUUUAUCUGAUUCUUUUAGUUUCUUCUCUUAUUAUUAUUGUUACUUUUACUGCAUUUACUGUUCAAACUCAAUCUGUCACUAUUCAUUCUCCUGCUGAAUCUAUCUUCAGACAACUUUCUCUUCAAUAUCCAAGUACAUUCUCGUGUCCAUGUUCACAAACAUCCAUUCGUCAAGAAUAUUUUGUUUCUUUUGAUCUUCAGUAUCAUCCUAUUUGUUCAAGUCAAUUUAUCAAUGAAUCUUUUCUCACUACUUUAUCUUAUAAAAAUCGAAAAGAUUUCGCAAUGUCAGAUUAUCGUCUUAGCAUGCCAUCCCAUUUUCAAAUUCUUGCUUUAUUUUGUCGAACAAUCAAAGAAACGAUCAGUUAUUCCAUAGAUGAGUUUGCUGCUGAACAUUUCAUUAGCAGUGAAGUUAUGAGUUCUGAAAUAUUUGACUAUCAAAUCGAACAACUUGUCAAUCAAAUGAAGACAACAACUACUAACAAUAUACGACACAUCAGUGGUUUCCUUGCUCUAAAUAUUUUCCAAAGUCGUAUCUAUUCAGCAUUACGUACCAAUUAUUUCAUAAGGCUUAGGCCUGAAAUUGUGUAUAGUAUUACUAAUACCCGUCAAUACUCUAAUGGAAGCAACGUGUGUCGGUGCGAUGUACAUAUUGAUUGUGGUAGACCAGCUCGAUUUUAUAACUAUUCAGGAUAUACUGUGACAUUAAAGGCGCAAAAAUCUGUAUUAUUUUCUAUUCCUGGUCUAAUGGUUGGUUGUUUACCAUAUAAUUCAUUAUUAUCAUCAACAUUAAAAUGCUUUUACAAUUCAUCAUGUAUUAACCAAAUAGAAAAAUACAUUCCUAGCUUCUCAUUAGUUUCACCAUUAUCAUCAUCAUUAUCUCGAUUUAAUCCUAAUACAAAAGUGAGCGUUCUUUUAGAUCAACUCUUCGUCGAAUCAUGGAAUGAAAAGAGUAAUUUCUCUGCCUAUUUUGAAGCAUGUUCGCCAUCAUCAUCAGUUUAA